AUGAGCGACAUAUCGUCUACAACAGCACCAUUAACGUCAAAUGAUGAAGCCUUAUUGAUAUUAGAAUAUUUAGAAACCGAAGAAUUAUCUAAAACAUUUCUCUCUUUUCUUCAAGAAAGUCGCCAUUUGAAAGAUUUACAAAAAAAGCUAUAUCAAAGAUAUUAUCAACAGCAACAUUUAUCUAAAUACCCUCAAGUAUUAUCAAUUGACGAUGAUAAUUUCCAAGCAUUUUUCAAUAAAAGCUUAACAUUAUACAGUGAUACAUCGAUUUCAUUAGAUAAUUCAUUAGAACAACAAAGACGUAAAUUAUUGCCGAGAUUAACAUGUGAGAGAAGUUGUCAAACAGUACAAUGUAAAGGAAUCCUUGAUGACAGUGAACAGCCGAAUUUUCUUCGACCGAUUUCCCUUAACAGUCUCGCCUGUUCAUUUUCGCCACCUCCAUCGCCAUUCAUUAAUUGUCAAAAAAAUGACAAUAUAGAAAAAGAAAUAAAUGAUCGAAAACGAAAAGAAAUUGUUGAUUUAACUACAACAGAAAUAAACGAAAAUAUCAAUAUAAAAAAGCAAAAAGAGAGUCCAAUAGAACAGAUAGAUGGACCAAAAGACCACAAUAAAAGCCUUGCUGGUUUGUCUUCGCCAUGUACAGUCAUCAAAGAACAAGAUAAUCAAGAUCAAUCAUCUUAUAAGUUGUCUUUAACAACAGCAACAAAAUCGAUAUCAUCACCAUCACUAAUUGAGUCUUCAACUCUAAAGUAUCAGUGUCGUCAAUCCGAAUCUUUCUCAUCAAAUUGUGAACAUUAUUCUUAUCGUCAACGAUCUGAUUCGACUGAGAUAGCAUGUUUACAUACACCUCAAUCAGUCCACUAUGAAGUAUAUGAUGAUUCUUUGAUAUCGAUGUCUAAUAUAGCGUAUGAUCCGUUAUAUAUGAAUAUGGAAGAUGAGAAUUGGAAUACGAAAACCACUACCAUUAUUACCGAGUUGAAGAAAGAUCCAUUGACAGGAAAAUAUACUUUACCUGAACGUAUAAUUGAAACACCGAUUAAUCACUCAAAUAAAAUAAUAUCAGAUAUUUUAUUGUCAACAUCCCAAUAUCGGAACAUCAAGGAUGAUAAUCAAUUACAACAAACGACUGAUAACAAUAAUGAAUACGUUCAAAAUCCAUCGAGUACUCCAACUUUUUCACAGCUGAUUUCAUUAAACAGACAACAAGAAGAUACCGAUUAUUCGGCGAGUUUGUCUGAAGUAUCGAUCGAUGAUCUGCUUAACAGUUCAGCAAAUGAUAAUGACUUAUCAAAAAUACGGCAAGAUGAUAAUCCUACGUCAGCAAUAUCAUUAGAUGAUUUAUUAGCCAUGCCACAAUCUUUACAAACAUCUGAGACUAACCACUUAUUAUCACCCGUUUCAACGGUUUAUUCACGUGCACAUUUGCAACCAAUGGAACUGCAGCAAGAAGAACAACAACUCAUUCAAUUACAAUUUAUUCAAACACCAAUGUCUUCGCCUCCAUUAACAAAAGUGAUAAUUGUUUCACAUGAUCUCUUGCAAUCAAUUAUUAGUACUCAACAAAUACCUAGUACAUCGACUUCGUUUAUUCUUCAUAGUACUGCUACUCGAAAACGAAAGUCAAGAUCAAAAACGGGAAAAGAAAAUAAGACACUUAAAAAAAAUCAAAAUAUUGUACCAAGAACGAGCUAG